CUUCAAGCACAGUCAAGAGCAUCGAGCAUCGAGCAGCAGUAGUCUGAUCCUUGCCCGGGCACCUCACGCUUCUCCGUCAAUCUGGAGCGCACGUAGCGGGCGGUGCAGCGACCAGUUCCGCAGCGCCCUCCACUUGCCCGUGCAUGGCCUCGCCAGGCAGCUCCUCGCCCGAGCGCGCCAUGGCGCACCCUCUGCUCAGCAGGCUCGCACGGCCUUCGCUCUUCCUCGGGCCGCAUCCGUCGCUGCGAGCCUCGUGCGUGCCGCCUGCAGCUGCGCCACCGGCAAGCGGCAGUAGCGAGGCAGGCCCGUCCGCAGGCGAGCCUCCAGCGCCAGAGCGGCCACUGCGCACCUGGGCGAGCUACGCCGGCGCAGCCGGCAUCUCUCGACAGGCCCAUGACUUCGCGGCGCUGCUAUCACCGCUGCCGCGCGUGACGUGGUUUGGCGAGCAGCACCACCAGCCGGCCGUGCUCUCGGCGCAGCUGCAGCUGCUCGCGGCUGUGCACGACGCCAGCGCAGGGCGACAGGUACACCUCGUGCUCGAGCCCUUUGCGCUGCCCGAUCAAGCACUGCUAGAUGCCUUUGCUCGCCGAGAGCUGCCACUCGGCAAGCUGGCGGGCCUGUACAACGAGCACUCGGAAGAGGGCUUCGGCUUGGCGCACUAUGCGCCGCUGCUCGUGCUCGCGCGCGACCUCAAGGUCAAGGUGUGGGCUGGCUUCCCGCCAAGAAGCUGGGCUCGCGCCGUCUUCAAGCAGGAGCGAGCUGAUGCCAUGCGCGAUCUGACCGCCUGGAACCGGGCACGCGCAGAGGGCACAUUCGACGCUCCAGAUGCAGAGGGAGGCGCACCAGAUCCAUGCCGCUCGGGUGCUGCGUACACACAGCUCGGCCUUCGCCCGUCUCUCCAUACCCCUCCGCUGGGCGCAGCAGCGCAUCGGCUCAUCUAUACCCUCACCACGCCGCACCGCACCUAUCUCUCGUCGCUCUUCAAGCCCGACGCACCGCCAGCGUUCCCGUCGAUGGUCUCGCGCGAGACUGCGCAGGCAGCCGUGGCGCAUCUCAAGGACACGGCCGCCAUGGCGCACUGGGAGGCCGCGGAUCGACGAUGGCGCGCCGCCACGCCGCCGUCCACUGAGUUCGCACCGCAUCUCGUUGCGCCACAAGUGCAAGAGAAGGGCUUCGGCCCAGCGCAAGCAGUCAAGGACACGUACUUCGCGCACGUCAUCCACUCUAUCCUCGUCCGACAUCCAGACGACAUCGUCCUGGCCGUCGCUGGCGCCGGACACGUCGAGUACUACGCCGGCGCACCCGAGCGCCUGCGUGCCAUGCAACGGGCGCAAGAGGGCGAGCGGAGCGAGACCGAGGAGAUGCACCAGCUGCUCGUCGUCACCAAGCCCGAAGACUCCGCUGUCUGGGGCACGGAGAAGCCCGAGCCCAGCAAGCCGGCGGCAGCUGCCAUGAGCGGCUGGGAGGAGCUCGACCUGUGGGAGCGACCGUGUGCCGAUGCGGUCGUGCUGUACGAGUGGGACAACGGAGAUGCUGCGUCGGAUGGCGAGCCAGCGAGCAACGCACAGCCGGCCGAGAGCAGCAGCAAGUAGCGGUCUGUCUGUAGCGCACGCCGUAGUGACUCGACAUUAGACGUACUUCAUUGCUUGU